AUCAGUGAUAUAAAAAAACCUUGGAAAUUCCAAACAUCCCCAUCCAUAGGGUAGAUAGACAUAUUCUGGUACGCUACACAGUCAGUACCCUCCUUAGACAACCGGAUGUAGUUUAACCGGAAGUGGAUGUGUGAUUGUGAGGCCUGGGAAUGACCAAACGUGGAAACCAUUGAAUGGAACUAAGGGUCAUCAAAAUAUGGCUUAGAUUUUUCCUUAAAAAACUUUGUUUUUUUUCCCUUGGAUUAAUUUCUUUCACCAUGGAUAAAAUUAAUAGUUUAAGGCAGAGAAAGAGAGAGAAACUGAACGAAGAAAAGCCUAGUUCAACGAAGCAAGAUGAGUCGAAAACAAAGCAAAUUGAUAGCACUCCACUUGAAAUAGGCUCCUACUGGUUGACUAGGAUCGUGUUUGUAAGGUGUCUUGGCUUCAUAUACUUUUUUGCAUUCCUCAUUGCUGCACACCAAAACAAGCAACUUCUAGGUAAAGAUGGUCUCCUACCAACAGACAAAUACCUGCAACAAAUUGAAAAUCACUUUGGAAGCAGAGGAUGGGAGACAUUUCUACGAGUGCUGUCAGUCCUCCUUUUCUGUGAUUGGUCAAAGAUUGAUGUAUAUCUUGAUGUGUUGGCAUAUAGCGGCAUGGUCUUGGCAGGGUUUAUAAUGAUAUCGGGAUGUGCAAACAUGAUCAUAUUAUUUGCUUUGUGGGUAAUAUACCACUCAAUUACCAAUAUUGGACAGAGAUGGUAUUCCUUUGGUUGGGAGUCUCAGCUUCUUGAGACAGGAUUCCUUGCUAUAUUCAUGUGCCCUGUUCUUAAACUGCAGAAAGUUCCACUCCACACCCCUACCCCCUGGGUAGUUAUUUAUGGUUAUAGAUGGCUCAUAUUCAGAAUUAUGCUUGGUGCCGGUCUUAUAAAGAUACGAGGAGAUCGUUGCUGGAGAGACUUGACAUGCAUGAACUAUCAUUACGAGACCCAGCCAGUUCCUAAUCCAAUAAGCUAUUAUAUGCAUCAUUCUCCAGAGGUGUUCCAUAACCUUGAAACUCUUGUCAAUCACUUUGUGGAACUAGUGGCUCCCUUCAUGAUAUUCCUGAACAGACCUCUUAGAAUCUGGGGUGGAAUCAUCCAAAUUAUGUUCCAGGUCAUUCUUAUCAUUAGUGGAAAUCUUAGUUUUCUCAACUGGCUGACCAUCCUACCAAGCAUUAUGUGUCUAGAUGAUGCGAGUCUAGCAUUCCUUUUUAGUGAUUCAUCCUCAGCAAAGAAAGAAGUCUUGAAGUUGCAGCAUGCUAAAAGUAUAGGGAAAGCUCUUGGGCCAUCAUGGGGUCUCUGUGUGCGACGGGUCUUUGAGGUCAUGCUUGGUCUCAUUCUUGCUUAUCUCAGUAUUCCUGUCAUCCAGAAUCUAAUGUCUUCUCAACAAGCUAUGAACACAUCGUUUGAUUCUUUUAGGAUUGUUAAUACUUACGGGGCUUUUGGAAGUAUUACAAAGAAAAGAACAGAAGUAAUAUUCCAAGGAACUAAAAACUCAACUAUAAUCCCUGAUGAAGAAGGAGGAAUAUGGCAGGAAUAUGAAUUCAAGUGUAAGCCAGGUGACACUAAACGGCGGCCAUGUCUGAUAUCACCAUAUCACUACAGACUUGACUGGCUCAUGUGGUUUGCAGCUUUCCAGAAUUACCAGUACAAUCCUUGGUUGAUCCAUCUUGGUGCCAAACUACUCGUUAAUGAUGACCAAGCUACUUCAUUGAUUGCGCACAAUCCUUUCUACAACGACACUCCUCCCAAGUAUAUCCGUGGCGAGCAUUACCUGUAUCAAUUCACCAAGAUUGGAAGUAAAGAAGCAAGUGAAGGUCAUUGGUGGAAGAGAACCAAAGUUGGUUCUUAUUUCCCUCCCGUGUCUCUUAGGGAUCUUAAGGAUUACCUUAGAAUGCAGGGAUGGAAACUACCAAAAAAGAAGAACAAAGUCUAAUUCAGUCUCCAAACCCCACAAAACAGAAGGCUUUUCUUCCUCAUGCUUUUUCAUUAGCUCUGCUUUUGGUUUGGUGGUUUUAAUGUUUUAAUCUUUGCUGCAUGAUUCUUUGCUGUCGUAACUAAGCAGCUUCCUGUCAAGAAACAAUCCUAGAUAGCGCUAUUGCUGCUCUAAUUCGUCCAGAGAUUUAAAAAACAUCACUUCAAAAGUAUACUUUAUUAGUUAAUAUAAUCAUUUGUUUAGAGAUUAAAAAUCUAAUAAAACAUUUGACUAAUAUAUAUCAUUUUCAGGCAUAAAGAUUUCUUAUAUAUUAACCCCCACACCCACCCCAAAAAAUAACAAAAUAUUUCCUAAAAUUUGAAUGCAUAAAGUUAUGUAGAACAAAAAUGGUAGAAAACCAUGUGAAAAAUUGUAUAACAGUUCUACCAAUUUCAGAAUAAUAGAUUCUCAAUUUUCUUUCAUUUUCCAUUGAAUAAUCAAAUUGAAUUUAUAAGAACUGGCCAAAAAAAAAAAAAAAAAAAUCCAAA